GACCGGAUUUAUCUGUUUCCAUAUGACCGGGCUUACUUUCACAGCGGGGUUCAUACUGCAAUACUGGACCUUGACAGAGAGACAAAGAAGAGAGAGAGAGAGAGAGAGAGAGAGAGAGAGAGAGAGAGAGAGAGAGAGAGAGAGAGAGAGAGACAGACAGACAGACAGACAUAGAGAGAGAGAGAGAGAGACUAAAUAAGACUGUAAUCAGCGGCAGAAGAAGAGGGCAGCGCAGACACUGGGGAGGGUUUUUUAAAUAUCCAUAUCUAUGCUUCUCGGAUCAUAAACACUUGAGGACUUUAUAAACAUGCACCUACUGGGAAUAUCUCUUUUAUUGGCUUAUCUUCUCUACUCCAACCUCGCCAGCGACUUCAGCUACAGCGACUAUCCUGAUUAUUACGAGCAGGAGCGGGUGGACGAGCCGGAGUCUCAUCCAAAGCCAGACAUGGAGCAGAAGCUGCGUUCAGCCUCCAGUGUCGAUGAACUGAUGAGCCUCAUCUAUCCUUCAUACUGGGCCGCUCUGAAGUGCAGAUCCAAGCUUUCUGCUGCCGCUGCCUCCUCGGCCUCCAAACUCUCUCAGCGGCCACAGCCUCGCCGAAUGAGGCCGCUGGCCGAUACGGAAGAGCCGACAUUCGCUGCUGCCUACCUCAACUUGGAUGUCUUGAAAAGUAUAGAGUCAGAGUGGAGGAAGACUCAGUGCAUGCCCAGGGAAGUGUGUGUCGACGUGGGCAGGGAGUUUGGAGCUCCCACCAACAUCUUCUAUAAACCACCCUGUGUGUCCGUCUACAGAUGUGGAGGAUGCUGCCACUCUGAGGACAAACAGUGCAGGAAUAUCUCCACUGGUUACCUCAGCAAAACUCUGUUUGAGAUCACGGUGCCGAUCACCCAGGGCACCAGGCCAGUGACCAUCAGUGUGGCCAACCACACCCAGUGCAGCUGUCUGUCCAAACUGGAUGUCUACAAGCAAGUCCACAGCAUCAUCAGGAGAGCGUUGCCUGAGUGUCCAAUAGCCAAUAGGACGUGUCCUCCUGGUCAGACUUGGAGCAACAGGCUGUGUUGGUGUGUCAGCAUGGCUGCCAACGUGCACUACAACACCCCUCCAUCACCGCUGCCCCCUCCACGGUCCUCCCAACAGCACCUUGACAUAUUUUCAGCAGAUGUGUGUGGCCCAGAUAAGGAGCUGGAUGUGGAAACCUGUCAGUGUGUGUGUCAGCGCAGGGAUCAGACUCAAGACUGUGGCCCUAACCGACAUCUUGACCGCAACACCUGCCAGUGCGUUUGCAACGUUCCGCCUGCCUCCUGCCCUCUCAACCAUGUCUUCAACAGGGAGACCUGCCAGUGCACGUGUACCAAGACAUGUCCGAGGCACCAGCCACUCAAUAAAGCAAAGUGUUCCUGUGAAUGUAAUGAGUCUCCCAACAAGUGUUUCCUAAAAGGAAGGAGGUUCCAUCAAGCUACAUGCAGUUGUCUCAGGCCUCCCUGCGAGGUCAGGAGGCGAAGGUGUGAACCAGGUUUCUCCUUCAGUGAAGAAGUGUGUCGCUGCGUACCGUCCCACUGGAGACGGCUGGACUAACCGCUGGCUAAUGAGAUGCUAACGAGAUGCUAAAGAGCAGAUUAUGAACUUAACACGUAGAAUUCAUCGCCCAUCCCCUGUAGACUUGCGGGUCAUGAGUAUCCCCCAUCAGCUGUGACUGAUGGCAGCUAAGCGUGCGGACCCUGAUGAACGUGGGAAAACCUUUGAGAUCUGAGUGAAGAUAUGGGAAACUCUGGUGAUUUAAAGGUGGGAAAUGCACUGACUUGGCUGUGAGGACAUUUUAAGAAGAGAGCGACUGAUCGGAGUCCAGGAAUGGAAGGAAGGACUGAGAGAGAGUGAGAGUCAACACUUGUUUAAAAAUAUUGUCUAAAUAAUUUGUUUUAAAAUAUUUGGGGGGUUUUGUAUUAAUUAUGUCUCCGUAUUCUUAUGUCAGAUAUUAAUUAUAUAAUUUAUUAAAUGUUAUUUUUCAACCUCUGUUUAUUGCAAUUUCAAUCUUUUUCGAGGAAAUACACUGUGAUCUGUAUUUUUGUAUCAUGUUAAGUAAAUGUGUAAAAUAAAGUAUACUGGAUGUUGAAUAUUGUAUAACUUAGUGUGUUCUGGUGAGUGUUGUACUGAUACUGAUGUUAUUUUGUUCUUAAUUUGCUUCAGCAUCAGUUGGAUAAAAAAAAAUGUGGGCUUUAAGGUAAAAAACUGAAGAUAAACGUUUUUUUUGCUUAUAGGGUGAGGACCAGAUUUUGUACUUUUAGAAAUGCCCAGCAUCUCCAUCUAAUGAUUUCAGUUUGUUUCAUGUUUGUGAAACUGAAAGUUAAACCCAGACAACCUGAAGAGUUUGUAUACCUUUAGGCUAAAAACCUUACAACGACUCAAACCACCUGAAGAAGCACUUUUCAUUUUUUUUCUUAUUUUAGUUUGUGCAGUAAAUCACAAAAUCUGACGUCAAUCUGAUCACACUAAUCACACAAGAAGCAACAUAACUGGUUUCACGCGUCAUCAGUCUCAUGCUAGUGGUGUCCACAGGUCCUUCUCAGUUCUGAGGAACCAAGACCUGACCUUGGACCUGAGUCGGACUGGGUCUAACUUCUACUCAGUCUCCUUGUUUUACUGCUGUGGAUCUCAGGUCAGUAUUUCAACAUGUCCAAUAACCAAGUGGAUCCAAAUCCCUGAACGUACGGGGUAUCAGCUCUGAUCAGGUGGUAUGUCACAAUCACAGCAGAGAAAACUGUUUGGAGGCAAGAGGGACGAUGAGAACUGUGAACUUCACAGUUACUUUCCUUGUUUUCAAUAUUGUUUAGUUUUAUUUUUCAGUUUAAUAUAGGUUCUAUAUAUUCCUUAAUUUUCAGAAAGUAAACGUGUGGAUUUGAGCAAAGGCUGCUGAAGACAUGACUGGGUGAUACUGACCAAAAAUCAUGCCUCUGUAUUUUUAGGGCUGACUGGCAACGCACAAUAUACACAGUUUCACAUUAUAUCUCUGUAUUUUCUAUGAAAUGGGCUAAAUGUUCAGUUGUUAGUCAAAGCCACAUGUGAGACACUUUUAUUAAAUCAGACUGUGGUUAAAUUAAAAUGCAAGGACAGGGUUUCCUUCCAUGUUCGAAAAUACACAGCUGCAAAACAUGUAAACAAAAUAUUCUCUAAAACAAAUAGCCUGUAUGAAAUAAAAAUAGGUCUGUCUGUGAGAAUGCUCCUUCAGCUGUUUUCAACACAAAUAACAGACUGAUUGAAACAGAGUAAAAUUACAGGCUGUCCUGCUUAACAAAACACACAGCUGUGCAAAUAACAAUACAAAUAUAAACCCAACUGCUCAUCUGAUCUUUUAGAUCCGAACCUUCUCCAAAUAACUGAGCUGUUGUUUUUCUUCAGGUCUUCAGUAUUUCCCACAGGCUGAGAAUUUACUUGUGGUGGUGGGUGGUGGUGGGUGUGUCCGACGUGCAUGUAGAGACUCGUGCAGUUUAGACGGGGAGAGUGUUACACACAGGCUGUCAGAUAGAUGCUUGAUACGUGGCUGAGUACAGUCAAAGUUGCUCUAUAACAAAGAUGACGCAUUACAAGCUGCUGGUAUGAAAUGGUAUAUACACUUCCUGUUUCUUUAGUGGGUGCCCCCCCCCCCCUCGUCCACCUCAUUUGGCAGUGUAAUUACUAGGACUAUUUUAAUUGUAAGAUAUAUAUCUCACCACUUUGUAUUUCUAAUGUACUGUGUGUUUUACAUGUUCACUGUGUAACCUCUGCUGUUAUUUUGGCCAAGGCUAGAAAACGUAUUCCAAUUUUAGUGGGACUUCCUG